AUGUAGAACGACUCGUAAAGAAGAGAUCGCGAUGUUUAGAUGAGCUCACAGGCACCGCCCCUCCUCGGACACAACGCACCAAUCGCGCCUGCUGAUCAAUACAAUGGCUGUGGCGCACUAGCCAAUCAGAGUAGGUUGUGUUUCGGGGUGCGGCGAUCCGGCUUCUAUAAAGGUAGCCACGAGUUGGCAUUGUUGGGAGAGUCCAUCUUGGAGGAAUUUGGCGAUUGUUGGCGCUUGUCCUUUCAGUGCAUAGAAACCCCUCACAAUGUCCGAUACCGAGCAGCAACAGUACAUGGAAACUGGCACCGAGAACGGGCACGAAGCGUGCGAUGCUGAGGCCGCGGAGAGUAAGGUGCCCGGGGGCCAGAACGGCGCGGAAGGCGAUCAGAUCAAUGCCAGCAAAGGCGAGGAGGACGCAGGGUGCGUACCUGAUAUUUCUUCCCCUUUAACUGAAGGAGUGAAAAUGUUUGUUGGUGGCUUGAGCUGGGAUACAAGCAAAAAGGAUUUGAAAGAUUACUUCUCAAAGUUUGGUGAGGUGUCUGACUGCACAAUCAAGAUGGACCCAAACACAGGGAGAUCUAGAGGUUUUGGAUUUAUUCUGUUUAAGGAUGCUGCGAGUGUGGACAAGGUAUUGGAGCAAAAAGAACACAGAUUAGAUGGCAGAUUAAUUGAUCCAAAGAAGGCAAUGGCAAUGAAAAAGGAUCCAAUAAAGAAAAUAUUUGUUGGAGGGCUCAACCCAGAAGCAGGAGAAGACAAAAUAAGAGAAUACUUUGAAACUUUUGGAGAGAUUGAGGCAAUUGAGCUUCCAAUGGACCCAAAAACAAACAAGAGGAGAGGCUUUGUGUUCAUCACAUUUAAGGAAGAGGAACCCGUGAAGAAGAUAUUGGAGAAAAAAUUCCACAACGUCAGUGGAAGCAAGUGUGAGAUCAAGAUUGCACAACCAAAAGAAGUGUACCAGCAACAGUAUGGUGGCAGAGGUGGCAGCUUUGGUGGAAGAGGUGGCAGAGGGGGUAAAGCUCAAGGCCAGAAUUGGAAUCAAGGCUACAACAGCUACUGGAAUCAGGGCUAUGGAAACCAAGGGUAUGGUGGCUAUGGACAACAAGGCUAUGGUGGCUAUGGAAACUAUGACUAUUCUGGAUAUGGCUAUUACGGAUAUGGACCAGGCUAUGACUACAGUCAGGGCAGUGCAAACUAUGGAAAAGCUCCAAGACGUGGGAGCCAUCAGAGUAACUACAAGCCAUACUGAACACUUAAAGUCAGGUUUUUUAAUCAAUAGGUAAAAACUGAACAGAUUUGGGGCUCUGCUUAAAGCUGCAACUUUGCAUCGAGGGACUGCCUCUUGGAGAUAAGUAUGGACUUACUCCAGUUGUACAGAUUGACUCAUCCUAGGGAACCAGUGUCACUUUCCACCUUUUUAUUUUAUAUUGUUUUGUCAUACAUUUCCAGUAUUGGAAGUGUUAAUUUUACUGUACUUUUUGGUACCUUUUGGAAUCUAAUGUAUUGUAAGGUAUUUUACAUGUGUUGAUUCACCAUAACAUGGAUAUUGAAGCUAUCCUAGCUUUUGAAAUAAAACAAACUUUGAGUA